AUGUUUACCGAAGAUUCGGUCAGCGCCAUCAUUGAAACCCAGCCACCUACGGUCUCAGCUCGCCGUAGGUUGCAGAAUCGAGAGGCGCAGCGCAGGUUCAGAGAGAGGAAAGCCGGGAAGAAGAAGACUGAAGGGGAGUGUGUCGCGACCGCGGCCGGGUUUUUGCUGCCAGCACAAUGGGAUCGGGGAGAUGGCGACCAAUAUGUAGUGGACACCGCCGACUACUUCAGCAUCGACGACCUAGAAUCUUUCAUGAACGAGAAUUCCCGCCAUGACGCCAUUCCGAGCUCUCACAGCCACCAGCUCUCCACCUCAUCGACAACCGAGUCGAUGUCAUUCCUCAUGCCGGAAACGUGCUCGGAGGACCAGCACAUGGGAUACGGGGAAACAAUACCAUCGUACUUGCCCAGUCACCAACCGACAUCUUCCCAAAUCACCCCCCGUGCCACCGCCGUACCGGGACUGCCUUCGAGCUCGGCCAUCACCCCGCCGUGUUGGAGCGACCAGCCCUCCGCCUCCCAGUUUUCCCGACACACAACCCCGGGCAGCGCCGGGGACUUGUCCAGCAUGGGGUCCGGGUGGGAAACCGGUCUAUCGGGAAGCUCCGACCCGGACAGCAGACCAGGAAGCGGCCGAAAUCCACCCUCAUCUCUACACGGCGGAGUCGGGUCAUACAGCACCCAGGGGAGGUUGGGAAGUAGCGGAAGCGGUAGCGGAAGCGGUAGCGGCAGCAGCAGCAGCAGCGUCAGCAGCGUCAGCAGCGUCAGCAUCAGCAGCAGUAACAGUAGUGUGACGAGCUACCCGGCAUCGGGGGCUUCGUGGGCAGGAAUGGAGCCGUCUGCGUUGCCGCCGGUCUUGCACGUUGCGGUGCGAGGGCGGAACCGCAGCGUGGUGGCCACGCUCCUGAAGCACUGCUGUUCUAUGAUCAACGCGCACGACGAGCGAGGGUGUACGGCGCUCCACAUUGCUGCUGGCUUGGGCGACGAAGCCUUGGUCUCGUUGCUGCUCAAGUACGGGGCCGACGUCAACUUGUGUGAUGGCCAGGGUCAGAAUGCUCUCUAUCUCGCCGUGUCGGCCGGACAUAACGAGGUUGUGGAGUUGCUGAUGCGCGAGAUUUUCCUUUGCUUUGCCGGCUGGGAGUUUGAUAUUGAAGGGCUCAACUUCAAAAUCAUGAAAUGUCUCGGCUUCAAAUCGCAACCUAACCGUGCCCUUCGGCUGCCCGACCACCCAGAGACCAGCGUCAGUCACAUGCAUCGCAUCGUUGGACCGUUGGAAGCGCAGUGCGACAUGACCUCGCCAACUCCCCGGAUGCAGACCUUUAUUCGACAAAUUAGAACCAACAGUCGGCGUGAAUGCCUGCAGUGA